ACCACAUUCCUACCAGUAUCUAAACAUUGAAGUAGCAUACACUUCACUAAGAUGGCACCCAAAGCUGUAGUGCUUAUAUCAUUCCUUCUGUUGGUAGAUGUCAGCUAUGAAGCUGUCCCUAAAGUGGACAGGAACAGGCUGAGGGAGACAGGGGAAGCUGAUCCAACAGCCUCUUGCACGUCGACAUGCUCUGCCGAGGCCUUGGAAAACCUGCUGCACACACAGGGCCACCUGGAGACAGCCGUACAGGAGCUACAGGACAAGACUGUUGAUCUACAGGUCCAAGUGAAUGAACUAAAUCAGAAUGAGCAGAGUGCUUAUCUUGCUGAACAGGACCUGAGGGCAGCAUUGGCUACCCUUCAGACUACUGUCACCCACCAGGAUGCCCUGAUGGAACAGCAAGACAGCACCAUUCAACAGCAGGCAGCAUCUUUACAGCAGCUCCAGGGAACCAUACAGCAACAAGCUGCCCAUAUACAACAGCAGUACAACACCAUUACAGAGAUGCAGGCUCUCCUGACACAACUGGCCAACAAAGUGAACGGCCCCCGUGACUGCCUGGAGCUGCUAAGUACUGGCCACACCACCAGUGGAGUCUACACCAUCUACCCAGAUGGAGGGGGGAAGAGCCCUGUCCAUGUGUACUGUGACAUGGACACCGAUGGGGGCGGAUGGACGGUCUUCCAAAAGCGACAGGAUGGAUCAGUGGAUUUCUACCUGAACUGGCAGGCAUAUAAGACAGGGUUCGGAGACCUGAGGGGAGAGUUCUGGCUAGGCAAUGACAACCUCCACCGACUGACAUCCCAGGGCAUGUAUGAGCUGAGGGUGGAUCUGGAGGACUUUGACAACAACGCAACCUUUGCAGAGUACAGCCUGUUCAGGGUUGAGGAUGAGAUGCACAAGUACAAGCUAACCAUUCAGGGAUACUCUGGAACUGCAGGUGAUGGCAUGGCCAACCACAACAACAUGUACUUCUCCACCAAGGACAGAGACAACGAGCAGCAUGGUUACGACUGUGCUGACAGGUACCAGGGAGCAUGGUGGUACGGAGACCGCAUCUGUCACAGGUCCAACCUGAAUGGGCAGUACCACGCUGGUGCCCACCAGUCCUUUGCUGAUGGAAUCAACUGGCAGCCGUGGUUGGGAAAUAACUACUCUCUGAAGCAUACAGAGAUGAAGAUCAGGCCAAACUAGAUACAUUGUUUGUAUCAUCACUAAUGGAUUCACCACCAAAAUAGUCUUGUUGCAUCAAGGAGGUUAUAAGGGGCACCUCUUUGGUUGAAUUAAAUGUUCUAAGCUUGCAUUUAAAACAUGAAAAAUGUUUUACAGAAAAAAUUAGUGAAAACUAGAAAACCACAUACACCAAACCACUUUCUAACAGACUUCGCAGAAUUAUGCUUCAUCCAAUCCCUGGGUCAAUGGUGCUGUUUGAAAACAAAACAAUAGGCCAAACUGUGAAUAAUCUAACUUUCAUAUGUGUCCACAGCACCACAUUUUGCAAGAAGAAGCAAAAAAAAACUCUUACCAUCAUGAGUAUGAUAUGAGUAUGGUAAGACAUUGGAAAUAAAUGAAUGGCAAUGCUGUAUUGCUGUUGCAGACAGAAACUGUAGUACUGACAAUGCACUUUUUCCCAAGUCAUUCAAAUGCAUUUUGCAGUAAUACAACAGGACGAUAGGAGGAGCAUUUAAUUGCUUAUUUGUAUCUCCACUGUUGCAACACCUUUAUUAUGAAAUGUAUAUGAUAUGCGUUAUUAUAUAUGUUAUACAUGUAUAUGUGUGCAUGCAAUCAUGCACGCAACAUGUGCAUGUAAUUGUGCACACAAUCAUGCACACACAUUUACCACAAACACACCUAGAGGCACGUGUAUGUGCACACACACACAACACACACAUCCCACACCCUACACCUUCCCCCACACACACCCCUACCCACAUACACAAACCCAAAACUGCAGUCACACAUGCACAUAAUCCUGUCAUACAUAUAUAAACAAAAUGUAAUAUUAUCAUAGCAUAUCAUAAAGGUAAAAAAAGUUCUGUGCUUUUAGUAACACUGAUUUGUCUUGUAUUGUUGGCAGUUGUUAGGAGCAACAUACAUUUAACAUGUUCAGGAAUACAUGUGCAUGCCCACGUGAAAUAAUAAGGUCAGGCGGUUACACCAAUUACACAACCAAUCCCUGCUUUCCUGAAUACCUUGGUUGCUUUCCCUAAUGCAACAACUGCCAUGGUAUCCAGACCAUAAGUGUGUCAUUUGUUUGUAGCUACCUUUGUUUGUCACAUGCUGCUACAUGUGCUUGUAAAGUUUACACAAGUUUGUGUGCUGACUCCUACAUUUACCAGAAACGACUAGAUCUCCUUGGUAACUAUCUGAGUUUUGUCUGUUGAAUACGGGAAAAAUAGCCCUCAAUGGGAGGCAUAAAGUCUUUGUUGACCUUUUAAAUAAUCAUACAGUUAGCAGCUGGCUGAAGAUCAUUUAACCAUCAUAUUUCAGUAUUUUUCCUGGCAGGAAACAGUGUCUUAAACAUCAAGUUACACAUGUGUGAUACACCUAUAUAAUACAGGACAGCUUUACAAUGGUAAAACUGUUUAUCAAAGCUGUCAGAAAGGUCUGUUAUCGUAGUGCAUUAAAACGUAUAUUAAACACUUUGAAUGUGUUAGUAUAGCACUGUCAAGUAGCUUAGUUGUCAUUUGUAAAGUUGCAACAGUUUAUUUAAUUGUUCCUUCUGGAAUCCAAUUUAUAAAGGAAUAGUAUUACCCAGAGAUAGAUGUUUUUUUAUCAAUCUGCUAUGCGUAUGAUAUGAUGUAAUUAUGCCACACGAAAUGUGAAACGUAGAACAAAACUGUCAUUUUGCUGAGUAAUCGACUUCGAAAAUAUUGCCCAUUUGUCAAUUAGGCAUUGUACUAAGCACAUGGCAUGACUAGGAGGCAACACACCUGGCAGC